GUCGGAGAGGCCGGGUUACGUUGCGCCCUGCGCGUGAACAGCUGCAGCGGCAGAGGCAGCAUCUAAAUGUGGUGCCAGCAGUUCCAGCCCGUUGCUUUACUUUUUGCUGCACCAAUAUAGUCAUUAUGCCGAAGAGAAAGUCCCCAGAGAAUACAGAGGGCAAAGCUGGAUCCAAAGUAACCAAACAGGAGCCCACGAGACGUUCUGCCAGAUUGUCAGCAAAACCUGCUCCACCAAAACCUGAACCUAAACCAAGAAAAGCAUCUGCUAAGAAAGAACCUGGAACAAAGAUUAGCAGAGGUGCUAAAGGAAAGAAGGAGGAAAAGCAGGAAGCUGGAAAGGAUGGCACAGAAAACUGAAUCUGUAGAUAACGAGAGAGAAUGAAUUAUCAUGAAAAUUGGGGUUGAUUUUAUGUACCUCUUGAGACAACUUUUAAAAGCUAUUUUUACCAAGUAUUUUGUAAAUGCUAAUUUUUUAGGACUCUACUAGUUGGCAUACAAAAUAUAUAAGGAUGGACAUUUUACCCCUCAUAGUACUUUUUGGAAAUCUCCAUCAUCCUCAAGUAAAAUAAAUAUCAAUUUAAUAUUG